AUGGCUCCUCCAUCGUUGGAAGAUACCCCAGAACCAACCGGAACCCUCAAUUCCUUACACCCGGUAUCACAAGCUUCUUCAAACACAUCGGAGCUACCACCACAAUCAUCUCCCAUAAUACCCCAAUCUUCUGCAUUCUCACAAUCUUCUAAUACCCAUUCUCACACACAUAAACAACUGCUCAAUCAUGCCCACCGGCCAGGUGACAUCACAGUGCUCCAGAAAAUGCUUGCGGCAUGCUCCGGAUCCCUACUCACAUCUCUCGUCGUUACCCCGUUCGACGUGGUCCGUGUAAGACUCCAACAACAAGGUGCAUUCCCCAUCGAGCUUCUGGCUGCAGGCACUCCAGCCACGGCCCCGAUCCCUCCAUCUUCCAAACCCACGCGUCUAGCGUCAGUAUCUGCAUCGCAUCUUAAACCAAAGUUUCCUCCAUUACAAGGCCAAACAGCUGCUACAGCUGCUACACCCCCCAUCCCAGCAGGUCUUGGGGUUAGCACAUGUUGUCGAUCCGUCUUUUGGUUCCCUUCAACUGUUGACUACUGUAUCGCUGCCACUGUUGCAGGUGGACCCUCUACCCAAAUCUCUGCAUGCGCAAAGGAAGAAGCUGCUAAACGAAGGUUCACAGGAACAUGGGAAGGACUCAAGAAAAUCUCCCAUUACGAAGGAACAAGCGCACUUUGGAGAGGCCUCGGUCUUACCUUGCUCAUGUCAGUUCCUUCCAAUGUUGUUUAUUUCAUUGGCUAUGAGGCCCUACGAGAUAAUCUGCCUGUUCAAAACGCAGUUAUAACCCCUUUAGUGGCCGGCGCAAUUGCACGAACCCUUGCAGCAACCACAGUCUCCCCAUUAGAGCUUGUCAAAACGCGUCUACAAUCUGUGACUUCUGCACCAUCGCCACAGGCCGCGUUUCGCACGGUAAUGCGCGGAAUUAAGGAUAUGGUUGCGGAGCGCGGGCCGUUUGCGCUGUGGCGCGGCUUGGUAUUAACUCUCUGGCGUGACGUUCCGUUUUCUGCCAUCUACUGGACAGCCGUUGAGAUUCUGCGUGCACAGCUUAGGCAAACAGAGUACUUGCGAACGCACCCAGAGCACCACUUUGUCGAGUCCUUUGUGGCCGGCUGCGUGGGCGGGUCCCUCGCAGCCAUCCUAACCUCGCCCUUCGACGUGGGCAAAACCCGCCGUCAGGUCGGCCACCACUCGUCCACUUCGGCUCAGCUUGGCAUGUUCCCCUUUCUCCGCGCCAUUGUCAAAAAUGAAGGUGUAUCGGCUCUCUUUGUAGGUGCCGUUCCUAGAGUUUUGAAAAUCGCGCCGGCGUGCGCAAUCAUGAUUACCUCUUAUGAAACUGGUAAGCGCGUCUUUUCCCAAUACAAUAUAGAUCAUCCACCUAUUUGCGAUGAUCCUCUUUAA